AUGCCCAGCAGGACCGGCCGCAAGAUGGACGGGAGCGGCGGCCGCGUCCGCCUGAAGGCGCACUACAGCGGGGACAUCCUGAUCACCAGCCUGGACUCCGCCACCACCUUUGACAAGCUCUGCGAGGAGGUGCGGGAGAUGUGCCACCUCCACCAGGGCCACCCACUCACCCUCAAGUGGGUGGACAGUGAAGGUGACCCCUGCACUGUGUCCUCCCAGAUGGAGCUGGAGGAGGCCUUCCGCCUGUCCUGUCAGCGCAAGGACGAAGGGCUCAUCCUUCAUGUUUUCCCCAGCAUCCCUGAGGAGCCAGGCAUGCCCUGUCCAGGAGAAGACAAAUCCAUCUACCGCCGCGGAGCCAGAAGAUGGCGGAAGCUGUACCGCGCCAACGGCCACCUCUUCCAAGCCAAGCGCUUUAACAGGAGGGCGUACUGUGGCCAGUGCAGUGAAAGGAUAUGGGGCCUUGCCAGGCAGGGCUACAGGUGCAUCAACUGCAAACUGCUGGUCCAUAAGCGCUGCCACGUCCUUGUCCCGCUGACCUGCAACAGGCAUAUGGUGACUUACAAGUCUCCAGAAGCUCCACUGUGGCGCCCGCCGGGUCACUGUGUUGCCGUCUCUCUGCAGGAUUCUGUCAUGCCUUCCCAGGAGCCUGCAGUGGACGACAAGAGUGACGACGUGGACCUUCCUUCCGAGGAGACGGAUGGAAUUGCUUAUAUUUCUUCAACCCGGAAACAUGAUAACAUUGAAGAUGAACCUGAGGACCUCAAGCCGGUCAUCGACGGGAUGGACGGGAUCAAAAUAUCUCAGGGGCUCGGGCUGCAGGACUUCGACCUGCUCAGGGUCAUCGGACGCGGGAGCUAUGCCAAGGUCCUGCUGGUACGGCUGAAGAAAAACGAUCAGGUGUACGCCAUGAAGGUGGUGAAGAAGGAGCUGGUCCACGACGAUGAGGAUAUUGACUGGGUACAGACAGAGAAGCACGUGUUUGAGCAGGCAUCCAGCAACCCUUUCCUGGUCGGCUUACACUCCUGCUUCCAGACAACAAGUCGGUUGUUCCUGGUCAUCGAGUACGUCAACGGGGGUGACCUCAUGUUCCACAUGCAGAGGCAGAGGAAGCUGCCCGAGGAGCACGCCAGGUUCUACGCUGCUGAGAUUUGUAUCGCGCUCAACUUCCUGCACGAGAGGGGGAUUAUUUAUCGGGACCUGAAGCUGGACAACGUUCUCCUCGACGCAGACGGCCACAUCAAGCUGACGGACUACGGCAUGUGCAAGGAAGGCCUGGGCCCCGGCGACACGACGAGCACUUUCUGCGGGACCCCGAACUACAUCGCCCCGGAAAUCCUGCGGGGAGAGGAGUACGGGUUCAGCGUGGACUGGUGGGCGCUGGGCGUCCUGAUGUUCGAGAUGAUGGCUGGCCGCUCCCCCUUCGACAUCAUCACCGACAACCCCGACAUGAACACGGAGGACUACCUUUUCCAAGUCAUCCUGGAGAAGCCCAUCCGGAUCCCCCGGUUCCUCUCGGUCAAGGCCUCCCACGUGUUGAAAGGAUUUUUAAACAAGGACCCUAAGGAGAGGCUCGGCUGCCGGCCGCAGACUGGAUUUUCCGACAUCAAGUCUCACGCUUUCUUCCGUAGUAUAGACUGGGACCUGCUGGGGAAGAAGCAGGCCCUGCCGCCCUUCCAGCCGCAGAUAACGGACGACUACGGCCUGGACAACUUCGACACGCAGUUCACCAGCGAGCCGGUGCAGCUGACCCCGGACGACGAGGACGUCCUCAAGAGGAUCGACCAGUCGGAGUUCGAAGGGUUUGAAUACACCCACCCGCUGCUCCUGUCCGCCGAGGAGUCCGCGUGA